AUUGUUCAAGGUCAAACUCUGGCUGAGAUGUCCUGCCAGCAGAGCCAGAAGCAGUGCCAGCCGCCUCCCAAGUGCCCCUCACCCAAGUGCCCCCCGAAGAGCACAGCACAGUGUCUGCCUGCAGCCUCCUCCUGCUGUGCUACAAGCUCUGGGGGUUGCAGUGGCCUUGGCAGCUCUGAGGGCGGCUGCUGCCUGAGCCACCACAGGCGCAGGUCCCACCGAUGCAGGCGCCGGAGCUCCAGUUCCUGUGACCGUGGCAGUGGUCAGCAGUCCGGGGGCUCUGGCUGUGGCCACAGCUCUGGGGGCUGCUGCUGACCUGGAUCCUGAUGCUGAGAUGCCCUCAGAGGAAACGAGAAUCCUAAGGGCCCAAGGAAAGCCCUGGCCUGGUCCGUCCUUCUCAGACAUCC